AUGGAAAUUGUGGUCUCUGUUAUGUUGCUGUUAGUUGGUAUAGCAGUUUUGGUGUUCAUUCAUGUUUGUAUAGUUGGGAGAGCUUUCACUAGCAGAAAUGGGAUCAACGGUACGAUCUUUAACCAGACAAAUGUGAACAGACAUACAAGUAUGUCACAAGAGGAUAUAAAGAAAUUACCCUGUUUUGAUUACAAAAUGGAAUCUACGAGCCCUGUGGAUUGUGCUGUGUGUUUAGAGAAUUUCAAGAAAACAGCUGUUUGUCCAAUCUGCAGAGCAAGUGCCAAAUCAAUAUUAGAAACAGAGGAACAAAGGAAUGAUUCUAGUGAAGUUGCUCUUGAAAUGACUUAA